GGAUUUAAGCGGGCUAUUCUCAUCGAAUCUCUACUUCAAGAAUAGCUUUAUACCAAUAUGCCUCUUCCACCAGCCCUUCUUGCUCGACUUAAAAAACGUGGUAUUGUUUCCGCCGGUCCACAGGAAGAAGCUGUGGAGGAAGUUUUUGCUGAGAAUUAUGAUGAAGAAAGUGAACCAGUGUUACCAGUAUCGUUUGAUCAGCCUUUUAACGUUAAGAAAUGUUACACAGUCAGUCCUGUACCUAUUAUCGAGAAUGGGGUUUUAAUCCAUGAAUGUGCUGAGUGCCCUAGUCAAGCUAAUCCGUAUCAUGUUUGUUCACCAUAUUGUUAUGAACGAUACGGGCGAAGAAAGUUCAACCCUGAUCUAACAAACAUUCGUUUGAAAAGCAGAAUGCUACGUCGUUACCCACUCCCAAGCCAUUGGAUUGAAGUUGGUGAUCCAGUGACUGGAAGAUUUUAUUACUGGAAUACUAAAACAGAUGAUGUAUGCUGGUUGUCUCCGUUACAUCCGCGUGCUAAAAUCAGUCAACCUGGUAAUAUUGUUCGGGCCAAUACGUUACGUGAACGUGACGCAGCUCGAGCUGCGGCUGAAGCUGCUACUGCUGCAGUUUUAGCAGCAGAACGAAAAGAUUCACGGCGUAGAUCUAGUGAUUCCGGCAGUAAUCGAUCAGGCAGCGAAAGUGAAGAUAAUGAUUCUGAUGAAAUAAAAGAAUCUAAACGAUCUAGACGUGAAACAUCUAGAUCUCCUGAACAUGAUACUAAUAGAGCCUUGUUUAGACGAAAUAAUUCAUCUCGCUGGCAGGAUGCUGAAUCAGAAAAUAAUCACCAGAGAAGUGUAUCCAAUGAUUAUAAUGAUUUCAACCAAUCAACUAACGAACAUGAGGCUGUAACAGAAAAACUAUCUGAUACAGCUAAUUUUAACGACUACAAUCAAUUAGAGGAUGAAGUUGAUGAAGAUGAAGAAUCACCCGAUGGAGUUCCUUUAACUGAAAAUUAUUAUAACAACAGUCAUAACCAAAAUAUUGAAAUGGAAUCUAACUUACAAAACUCUAGAGAUGAGUAUCCACCACCUCCUACAUUUCCUCCUCCUCCCCCUCCCCCACCACCACCAGCUCAUCUAAUCUAUCCUCCAACCCAAUGGAACCGACCAUCUGAAUCAUCUUUAUUGUUUCCAUCACAAGUUAAAAAUCACUCUGAUGAUCACGCUAGUGGUACUACUACACGCGGUUGGAAUCAACCAGCAGAGACAUCUGAUAAUAAUCGUUUUAGAUAUAGAGAUAGGGAUAGGAAACGUAAGUGGAUUUGUACAAUAUUUUUAGAAGUAUUUCAUUAUUAUUAUUACCUCCAUGAAGUAGACUCGGCGUUAUUAUUUAAAUAGUAACAGUUAUCCAGUAUUUUUUAAAUAAAGAUCACAGGGUUUGUUACAAGCAUGCGUAGAUUCUAGUUACCAUGCUUCGUUCUAACACGUUACAAGAAAAUCAACAAGACAAAGUAGCAGCUCAGAAAUACCAGAUAUCAUAACAUUAGUUGGUGAAAUACAACCGGCAAAAACAAGUAAAUCUACAGAACAAUAAUAUCGAAUAACACAAUGCUUAAGAUGAAAUACAAAUAAAUAACAGUGAAAAUUUCCAUUUGGACAUUUAUUAGAGAGCGAAAAAGCAUUCCUUUUUGAUUAGUUUUUCUUCAAGGCUCUACACUAAUAUGUAUUUAUUGUUGUAACCUUAGAAAAAAACAAGAUGAGUUCAAGGCGUUACUUGAGUAUGUUGACCUUACAGAGUUAUUAAUAUUGGAGCAAGCAAAGAGUACUGGCUAUAUAUGAGAUUGUAAACCUUUGCCGACUAACGUGAUUCGAAUGUGUUACAAAUCCUUAGCAAUUUGCGACAUUGACGUCUUAUACCGGUUUUGUGUAGGUGGAACUUGAAGGCAAUUAGCUGAGCUCACGGAAAGAUGGGUAGAUAGUCAAACAUAUACGACUUGUAAUGUGUAUUUUUCCUAUCACGUGUAUUUUUCAUAAUAAUAUGUGUUAGCCAGGCUGAUAACAUGUUCUUAGUCUGAGCUGAGUGGACGUGCGGUAGAUUAAUCUCUGGGUACGUUUUAUAGUAUUGCAUGCCAAUCCUAUAUAUUACAGUAUCGUUGUUAUUCGUCCUAGGAAGUCAAGCGUCCCAUUAGUGUUCAGAGGGGGGGUGUAACAAUAGUUCAUCUGACUAACAUAGAAGUUGAGAAGCUAGUGAUGGCCAGGCCGGAACGUAUAAUCAACCUAUAGUCACUGAUUGUUGAUCUAAUUCGUGUAGGGUGCAAAUUUCCUGACUGAGGUUUUCGAACUAGUCUUAAUCUACAGUUUGAGAUUCUAAGUAGAUCUUCCUAAUCGGUCAAAGUAGCACUAGAACUAUUUUCUAUCUUUGGACUGCAUCGACAAUAUAGUUUUUAAUUCAUUGCCUUGAUAAUUUUUACUGCCUUUGCUUGUGUAUAGCAAUCCCUAUUUGAGGUACAUAUACACAUUUAAAACAUUAAGGUUUAGUGUAAUAGCUUAUUCUUUAUUAAUUUAAAUGUAUUCACUAAUAUUUAUAAUUUAGUUCGGAUUUUCUUACCGAGUUGCAGUCUUCAAUCCAUGCAGUUUGACUAAAGUUUUCGUUAUAAAAUGUCUAAUCGAAACUGUAGAUCGUCACUACUUUAGCGCAGAAGUGUCGAGAUAGGAUACUAACAGACCUCGUUUUCUGUCAUAUUUAAUUACUUUUUCUUAUGCUUCCUUGAAGGUCGCGCAGCAACUCUCGGACCCUUAGACCCAAUGGAUCCAGCGUCUUAUGGUGAUAUACCACGUGGAACAUGGAGUUCAGGCUUAGAAGGGGUUACUGGAGCACCAUCGGCUAAGACAGGUGUAGAUAGCACUGCAUCGGGACCAUUAUUUCAACAACGUCCAUACCCUAAUCCUGGUGAUGUUUUACGUGCAAAUGCUGCAGCUAAAGUCCAUGAAGAGGAAAGGCAAGAUGAAUCUAAUAACUGAAGUUUUACUUCUGAAGUUGUUCUGUACACUCAUUGUUUACUUUUCAACAGAAUUUCAAUUUAUU